CCCGACAUCGCUGCCCUGCACCGCCUCAGAGGACUGUCUGAACACAUGUUUCACGAAAGGCUCCAGAACGCUUCAGACCAAAGGGUGGACGUUGACCAAAGUUUGCAGCAGUGUGAGGAGGGGUUUACAUCCUGUGACACUCAGAUAAAACAGCACGUUGAUGACCAGAAGAUACAAGUCCAGCAGGAGUACAGCAUGGAUCCUCAUUACUCAGUAAUAGUCAGCAAAGAAUGCCUGUUCAAUGUCUCAUGUGUCCCAGAAGCAGACAGCGACACUGUAGUGAAGAUAUUUGGAAGAGUUUCAGAAGAUGGACAAACUGUGUCUGGCCUUAAAGCAGUCUUAGAAACAAAGCAGGGGAAUCACCAGAUCUACCAGGUCAUGAAUCAACCUGACUCAGUUUCUCGCUACCAAAUCCCACAAAGAGCGGUUGAUCAUAGCACACAGUAUGACCACCAGCAGAUCCUCAUUAUGCAGGAUGACCCUACUGUCAGAAAAGCUGCUACUUCUCUUUAUGAGAAACGUCCAGCAGUUACCUCUGUCUACGUUCUUGAUCAAAACCAGAGACCCAAACUGAUCCAGGGUGCCUCUGUGCCUCUGUCAGAGGACAGCAGACUGACGCUGGUAGGCCACGGCGAGAGAGACAGCUCUGGAGAGACGAGACUGGCAGGGUACACGGCUCAAGACGUCGCCAAAAUCAUUCAACGAACCUUCAGGACGGGCGAUAAAAUCAAAACAACAAGUGUGGUGGCCUGUGAGGUCGGAUCAGAUAAAGAGUUUGUUGAAACCCUGCUGAGGGAGCUCCGUGAGACCGCCAACAUCGAGACAGAGCUGCACCUCAGGAGUGCUGUGCUGCAGGUCAGACACACAGGAGAGAUCAUCACCCAAGAGAUCUCUAAGGAAGGGCUGCGAUGGAGACAUAAUGAUGAUAGCAAGAAGGUGGUGGCAACCCUCGAUAGGAACGGAGACGUAAUUAUCAGAACUGAGCCUGGCAGGAGAGGAGAGGUAGUUUUUACUAACGAAAGAAACUUUCUAAUGCCCACGGAUCCAAAUAAACGUUUUAAGGUCUACAGAAACAGCUGGCCUGAUAAGCCACGUAGAUUUAUUGACCAGAAUGUUUAUACGGCUUUCCAAACUGCUCUUAAUGAACUUGAAGCUCUGUCCUGGGGCUUCUUUCAUGCAGACCUGCCACUUCCAGAAAAAGUAAACACUGAAAACCUGAACCUAAACCAGAAUUAUGUAAUAGGGGUAAAAAACACAGUAAAUAACCAGCUGUCUGGUAUUCAGUGGAAAACAGAGCAGCAGGACCUAAAGAAUAUUCUUUCCAAGUGUUAUGUGAUUAACAAAGGAAGAGAUGUCAGAAGUAUCAUCCGUCAUUAUGCAAAGGAUGGAGAAGAUGAGCCCACAUACCUGAAGGUCAAAGACUGGAUAUACGUUGUUGAUCCUGUAAAUCUGUAUGUGUAUCCAGUUGGAAAAAAACUUGACAACAAUCAGAACAAAGAUGAGGUUGAGAACUGCAUAGUUGAACAGAUAGAUAAAGAAAAAUACACAGACAUGCGAAAAGAAAUUCUUAAUAAUAAAAAUAACUGUGCUCAAUAUAUGAAAGAUAUUUUCCUUGGAGUGCACACAACUGACCUACUGCUUUCCGCUGAGGCCUGGUGCACCACAUAUUUCACUGCAUCAGUUAUUUCUGAAUCUGCUAGAAACUUCCGGACAUUUCCUCUGAUUCUCAUGGCUCUGGAUAUGACUGAAAGCUCAGACAACAACAUCAAAGAGAAAGGACUGAAGUUUCUUUUUGAAGAGCAUUCAAUGGCAAGAGGACUGAGCUGGAUUGACCCGAGCAGACGUGGAUUUAGUGGCUCAGCAACACCUGUAGGAUCCAGCAAAUUAGAAAAUCAAAAACCUCGGUCUGAGGAGGAAUUAAUGACCGAUCUUAUAAAUGUCCUAACAGAAGAAGUCAAACUGUACCGCUCGUGGAUUCAAAUUAAGGGAAACAAAAUUGACUUUAGGGUAUUGCAGACGGCGAUUAUGAAUUAUGAUAUUGAGAAGGAUUACAAAACUUUCAAAGAAACAAUAAAUACAAUGCGUUAGGAAGCUACAAUGACAGUUUCAUAACUUUCUGAGAAUUCCUUUAAAUUAAAUCAUAUUUCAUCCAGAGGAAGAGUAUUUGUUAUUUAUCUGAAGACAAAUCCACAAUCAGAUAAAGACAACAUUUGGUGACACAGAGCUGGACCUCCAGGAGGGCAGCGCCAGAAUAAAGAACUGACUGUUCAGAUUACUGUUCUCAAAUGGUUCAUAAUCAAAUCAUCUGUGACAAUCAUUUUAAGAUUCCUUUAUCAUUUGUUCUUGGAAAUAAAAGCAUUCAAAUUA